AUGUCUUUACAAAAAAACCCAAUAAAAUUCAAAUCGCAAAAUCGCAAAUCGAGUAAAUCACCAGUUGCUGAAAAUCCACGCUGUUCUACUUCAUUUCGAGAAAGUGACCACGAAAAAUGUGAUGGUCAGUCAUAUGAACCAGCUAAUACCUUAGACAAAGAAAUAGAUAAAAUUAAUUAUGCAUCGUUGAGUACAAGUUAUGAACGUUUACAUCAACAACAGAAACAGUUACCAAAUGUAACUAUAAAACGUGAAGAAAAAAUAUCGUCAACAACACAAAUACAAACAACAUCAACACGAAAAAUUAUAUUAGAUGUAGAAAUAGACGAUGAAUAUUUGACACAACAAGGUUCGUAUCAACGUCGGCAACGACGAAUGGGAAAAUUGUUUACAGACGAUGAAGUGCAAUAUUAUACGGAAAAAUUUGCGCAACAACGAGAGCAAAUACUGGAAAAUGAAAAUAAUAAAAUUCAAUUCAUUUAUGAAUAA